GCGCCGCUUUAAUCCGCAGCAGCAGCGGCAGCAGGAGACCCGGACCAGACCCAGACCCUCUCACCUCAGACCGGACGACAGGUCAGCGGCCCACACGUCAUCAUGCCUUUCGGAAACACCCACAACAAGUCGAAGAUGAACUACUCGGCGGAGCAGGAGUACCCCGACCUCAGCCAGCACAACAACCACAUGGCCAAGGUGCUCACGCUGGAAAUGUACGACAAGCUGCGCGACAAGGAGACGCCCAGCGGCUUCACCCUGGAUGACGUCAUCCAGACCGGCGUCGACAACCCAGGCCACCCGUUCAUCAUGACGGUGGGCUGCGUGGCCGGAGACGAGGAGACGUACGAAGUGUUCAAGGACCUGCUGGACCCGGUGAUCGAGGACCGCCACGGAGGAUACAAACCAACAGACAAACACAAGACAGACCUGAACUCUGAAAACCUGCAGGGCGGAGAUGAUCUGGAUCCAAACUACGUGCUGAGCUCUCGGGUCCGGACGGGACGGAGCAUCCGCGGCUUCAGCCUGCCGCCCCACUGCAGCCGCGGAGAGCGACGCGGCGUCGAACAACUCUCCAUCGAAGCUCUGGACACCCUGGAAGGGGACCUGAAGGGGAGGUACUAUGCCCUGAAGAACAUGACGGACGAGGAGCAGCAGCAGCUGAUAGAUGACCACUUCCUGUUCGAUAAGCCCGUCUCUCCGCUGCUGCUGGCCUCUGGGAUGGCCCGCGACUGGCCCGACGCCCGCGGCAUCUGGCACAACAACAACAAGACCUUCCUGGUCUGGGUCAACGAGGAGGAUCACUUGCGUGUCAUCAGCAUGCAGAAAGGAGGCAACAUGCGGGAGGUGUUCACCCGCUUCUGCACUGGACUCACCAAGAUUGAAGGCUUGUUUAAGGAGCGGGGACACGAGUUCAUGUGGAACGAACACCUGGGCUACGUCCUCACCUGUCCGUCCAACCUGGGGACGGGCCUGCGAGCCGGCGUGCACGUCAAACUGCCGCACCUCAGCAAGCACGAGAAGUUCGGCGAGAUCCUAAAGAGACUGCGGCUGCAGAAGAGAGGAACAGGUGGAGUGGACACCGCAGCAGUGGGCGGAGUCUUUGACAUCUCCAACGCAGACCGUCUGGGGUUCUCAGAGGUGGAGCUGGUCCAGAUGGUGGUGGACGGAGUCAACCUUCUGGUCAACAUGGAGAAGCGUCUGGAGGCCGGAGACGGCAUCGACGACUUGAUGCCUGAACAGAAGUGAACUGUCUCACUGUAACCCGACACACCUCCCUCCUCCUCCUCCUCACCUCUCACUCCCCUCCCUCCUCACCCCGUCCCCCACUGUAAUCAGUCCGUCCUGAAGCCGCGGGACGAUUAGAGCCGCUCAGUUAGACUUCAGUCUUCCAACAUGUGAAGGAUUUUCUAUUUCCUGUCUGCACCUGUUGGACCAUCUAACACCUGAAAUAUCCAAUAAUAAAGUCUCUGUGGCCCAAAGUAAA